AUGUCCUACUUUGACAACUCAAUAGGUGAAAUUUCUGAGCCACUGCUAGCUCAAAAAGUUGAAACAAAACAAACAGGAAUAGGUCAUGCUACUUUUCUCAGUAGAUUGUUUUUCUCUUGGAUUAAUUCUUUACUCAGUUUAGGUUACUCAAAGCCACUAGACCUUCAAGACAUUCCUUCUCUUGUUCCUCAAGAUGAAGCAAACAUGGCAUAUAGAAAAUUUGUUCAUGCUUGGGAUUCACUUGUUAGAGAGAGGACUAAGAACAAUACAAAGAGUUUGGUUCUUUGGUCUAUAGUUAGAACUUUCUUAAAAGAAAACAUAUUAAUAGCAUUUUAUGCAUUAAUCAGAACUAUUUCUGUUGCAGUUUCACCUCUAAUACUGUAUGCUUUUGUUAACUACUCAAAUAGAACUGAGGUAGAUCUUAGAGAAGGUUUUUCAAUAGUUGGUUUUCUUAUUCUCGCCAAAGUCGUCGAGUCUUUGUCUCAAAGACAUUGGUUUUUUAACUCAAGGAGGUCAGGAAUGAAAAUGAGAUCGGCGCUGAUGGUGGCAGUUUAUCAAAAGCAGCUAAAGCUUUCUAGCUCAGCAAGGACGAGACACUCGGCCGGCGAGAUUGUGAACUACAUUGCAGUUGAUGCUUAUAGAAUGGGAGAAUUUCCAUGGUGGUUUCAUUUAACGUGGACUUCUGCAUUGCAACUUGUUCUUUCCAUUGUUAUCCUUUUUGGUGUUGUUGGUAUUGGUGCUCUUCCUGGUUUAGUCCCUAUUCUUAUAUGUGGACUUCUCAAUGUACCAUUUGCAAGGAUCCUGCAAAAUUGUCAGUCACAGUUUAUGAUUGCACAGGAUGAACGUCUUCGAUCCACUUCAGAGAUUCUAAAUAGUAUGAAGAUCAUUAAGUUACAAUCAUGGGAAGAAAAAUUCAAGAACUUAGUCUAUUCGUUACGCGAUAAAGAGUUUGUAUUGUUGUCUAAGGCACAGAAACUGAAAGCUUUUGGAUCAUUUCUUUAUUGGAUGUCUCCUACAAUGAUAUCUGCUGUUGUUUUCCUUGGAUGUGGUGUUUCCAAGAGUGCACCAUUGAAUGCUGAAACCAUUUUCACAGUUCUUGCAACAUUGAGGAACAUGGCAGAACCUGUUAGAAUGAUCCCUGAGGCUCUAUCCAUUAUGAUUCAAGUUAAGGUUUCCUUUGACCGUCUCAAUAACUUUUUGCUUGAUGAAGAACUAAACAAAGAUGAUAGUGAAAGAAACAUGAAGCAAUGUUCGGUUAAUGCUGUGGAAGUUCAAGAUGGCUACUUCAUUUGGGAUCAUGAAUCUGUUUCUCCAACCUUAACACAUGUGAAUUUAGAAAUCAAACGGGGACACAAAAUAGCUGUUUGUGGACCAGUUGGUGCUGGAAAAUCAUCACUUUUGUAUGCAAUACUUGGAGAGAUUCCCAAGAUUUCAGGAACUGUUAAUUUAGGUGGCAAUCUUGCCUAUGUUUCUCAAUCUUCAUGGAUACAAAGUGGAACAGUUCAAGAUAAUAUACUCUUUGGCAUGCCAAUGGACAGAACAAGAUAUGAGAAAGCAAUUAAAGCUUGUGCCCUAGAUAAGGAUAUUAAUGAUUUUAGCCAUGGUGAUCUUUCAGAAAUUGGUCAGAGAGGGAUUAACUUGAGUGGAGGACAAAAGCAAAGGAUUCAACUAGCUAGAGCAGUCUACAAUGAUGCUGACAUCUAUCUUCUUGAUGAUCCUUUCAGUGCAGUUGACGCACAUACAGCUGCAAUACUAUUCAAUGACUGUGUCAUGACUGCUUUAAGAUCGAAAACAGUCAUUCUAGUUACUCAUCAAGUGGAGUUUCUCUCAGAAGUUGAUACUAUCUUGGUAAUGGAGGGUGGAAAAGUUAUUCAAUCGGGUAGUUAUGAGAAUCUCCUGAGAACAGGAACGGCCUUUGAACUACUUGUGAGUGCUCAUAAAGACACAAUCACUGAGUUGAAUCAAGAUAAUGAAAAUAAAAGAGAUUUUGAAAAUGAGGUUUUUUCUAAUCCUCAAGACUCUCAAGGUUUUCAUCUCACUAAAAAUCAAAGUGAGGGAGAGAUUUCUAGUAUCAAGGGUCCAAUUGGUGUACAACUUACACAAGAGGAAGAAAAAGUGACUGGUAAUGUUGGAUGGAAGCCAUUUUGGGAUUAUAUUAAUUAUUCCAAAGGGUCAUUCAUGCUAUGUUUGAUAGUGUUAGCACAAUCUGUGUUUAUAGCUUUGCAAACUGCAUCCACCUAUUGGCUUGCAAUAGCCAUUGAGAUUCCAAAAGUAACUAAUGCCACCUUGAUUGGAGUUUAUGCAUUCAUUUCUUUUGCUAGUGCUGCUUUUAUAUAUAUAAGAACUUACUUGACUGCGCUUUUGGGAUUAAAAGCUUCUACUGUUUUCUUCUCAAGCUUCACUACAGCUAUCUUCAAUGCUCCAAUGCUUUUCUUUGAUUCAACUCCUGUAGGAAGGAUUUUAACUAGAGCUUCAUCAGAUUUGAGUAUUUUGGACUUCGAUAUACCUUAUUCCAUCACCUUUGUAGCAUCUAUAUCAAUUGAAAUUUUGGUGGUUAUUUCUAUAAUGGCUUCAGUCACAUGGCAAGUUCUCAUUGUGGCUGUUCCUGCAAUGGUUGCAUCAAUAUACAUUCAGAAAUAUUAUCAAGCCACUGCAAGGGAGCUAACUCGGAUCAACGGAACCACCAAAGCUCCAAUCAUGAAUUUUGCAGCUGAGACAUCACUUGGAGUGGUCACUGUAAGAGCAUACAACAUGGCAGACAGAUUUUUCAAAAAUUACUUAACACUUGUGGACACAGAUGCUUCAUUGUUCUUUCAUUCCAAUGUGGCAAUGGAAUGGGUAGUUUUAAGGAUUGAAGCAGUUCAAAAUUUGACUGUCAUCGCUGCAGCUUUGUUGCUUAUUCUACUUCCUCAAGGAUAUGUAUCGCCAGGCCUUGUGGGACUAUCUUUUUCCUAUGCUUUUACUUUGACAGGAGCACAGAUAUUUUGGACUAGAUGGUUUUCCAACUUAUCAAACUACAUUAUCUCUGUAGAAAGAAUCAAGCAAUUCAUUCACAUACCAACUGAGCCUCCUGCCAUUGUGGAGGAUAACCAACCGCCAUCUUCAUGGCCUUCCAAGGGAAAGAUUGAUCUUCAAAGCGUGGAGGUUAGGUAUCGCCCUAACGCUCCAUUAGUCCUUAAGGGAAUCACAUGUACAUUUAAAGAAGGGAGUAGGGUAGGAAUUGUUGGAAGGACUGGAAGUGGGAAAAGUACACUUAUAAGUGCUUUGUUCCGCUUAGUUGAGCCUUCAAGAGGUGAUAUUCUCAUUGAUGGAAUAAACAUUUGCUCAAUGGGGUUGAAGGAUUUGAGAACAAAGCUAAGCAUAAUCCCUCAAGAACCAACUCUUUUCAAAGGAAGCAUUAGGACAAACCUAGACCCUCUAGACAUGUACUCAGAUGAUGAAAUAUGGAAGGCUGUAGAGAAAUGUCAGCUAAAGGAAACAAUCAGCAAGCUACCAAGUCUCUUGGACUCUUCAGUGAGUGAUGAAGGUGGAAAUUGGAGUUUGGGACAAAGGCAAUUGUUUUGUCUUGGAAGAGUUCUACUUAAGAGAAACCGAAUUCUUGUUCUGGAUGAAGCUACUGCAUCCAUUGACUCUGCUACAGAUGCCAUUCUACAAAGAGUAAUUAGACAAGAAUUUGCAGAAUGCACAGUUAUAACUGUUGCUCACAGAGUUCCAACUGUAAUAGACAGUGUCAUGGUCAUGGUCCUCUGUUAUGGGAAAGUGGUGGAAUAUGAUGAGCCUUCAAAGCUAAUGGACAACACCAACUCUUCAUUCUCUAAGUUGGUAGCUGAAUAUUGGUCUAGUUGCAGUAAGAGUUCCUUCCCAAACAUUAGAAGACAAUGA